AAUUAAAAGGGAAAAGAUAACAGUUGACGUUGGAGUUCAGGUCCUGCAAUAAUUCAGUGCCACAAAUUUCUCUUCUGGAUUCCUUUUGCAUAUUGUAGUUAGAAAAUAUCUUUCCCAUUUUUCUUCUCAAAAAACAGUGAAAAGCAGGAGAUUCAGGGAUGGCCAGAAGGUACUGUUACAACGAAGUUCUGCCAUUAACAGCAAUGGCUGGAGUAGAAUGCGCAAAUGUAGGGUUAAACAUUCUAUUCAAAGAAGCAACUUCAAAGGGGAUGAGCCACUACAUCUUCAUCACUUACUCUUAUGCUCUUGGAGCCCUUCUCCUCCUCCCUUUGUCCUUCUUCUUCUUUCCCAGUAGAGCUGUUCUUCCGCCUUUGAAAUUCCACCUCGGCGCUAGAAUUUUCCUUCUUGGGCUUAUUGGAUACUUCAUCUUCCUUCUAAGUUCAAUCAUUACAGUGUUGCGAAUUUGGCGUAUAAAUACUUCGAUCAAGGAUCUUGCCAUUUACAGGUUUUCGGCUCAAGUUUGCGCUUAUAAGGGUAUAAAUCAUAGCUCCCCGACUCUUGCUUCUGCAAUCCAAAAUCUCUCACCAGCUUUUACUUUCAUACUUGCUGUUAUUUUCAGAUUGGAAACAGUAGCCUUGAGAAGCUCCAGCAGUCAAGCUCAAAUCAUGGGGAUCAUAGCAUCAAUUUCGGGUGCAUUACUAGUUGUUCUUUACAAAGGCCCCACAGUGUUUUCCUCUCCAUCAUCAUCUCCCGGUUUACUUAAAUGGCCCCUGGAAUCCUCAGAUCCAAAUUGGGUCAUUGGUGGGAUCUUACUUCUUGUUGCCUAUAUAUUGUUUUCAAUCUUGCACAUUGUUCAGACCCAAGUUAUGGAGAUUGAUUCAGCUGAGUUGGUUGUUGCUUUCUUUUUCAACUUAUGUGGGACGAUUGUAGCUGUACCAGUUUCCUUAAUGGCAGAAUCUGAGUUGAGUUCUUGGAGGCUAAGGCCUAGUGUUGCAGUUAUUGCAGUCCUGUACUCUGGUGUCUUUCAAUCAUGUAGUUCACUUGCGCUCACAUGGGGACUUCAUUUGAAAGGGCCUGUCUACAUUGCAAUUUUCAGUCCACUGUCUAUAGCCAUUGCUGCUUUUUUGAGUGCUAUCCUUGGUGAUUCUCUGCAUCUUGGAAGUAUUAUGGGAGCAACCGUCAUAUCAAUGGGAUUUUAUGCUGUAAUAUGGGGAAAGGCAAAAGAACAGAGGACUUGUUCAUCUAGUGGUAAGGUUCCUCUGUUGGAAGAGGAAGACAGAGAAGAACAGUUGCAGUGAUUCAUUAAUGGUUUAUGAAAUUAUCAAUGGAUCAUCUGUAUCUGUUUUUGUUUUGGAUUGAAAUUUAUAGAUGCUAAGCUGAUGAACGAUCACCAUCAUUUUAAACAAAAUAAUAUUGGGUCUAAUUCCGA